AUGUCGACCGAAGCACCUUUUCGACCACGUGAGAAGCUCGUUGAGAAACAGAAAUAUUUCCAAAGCAUUCACAAGCACACAUACUUGAAAGGACCUCUCGAUAAGAUCACCUCUGUUGCCAUUCCAGUAGCAUUGGCAGCCACUUCACUUUUUCUUAUUGGGCGAGGGAUCUAUAACAUGUCUAAUGGGAUUGGAAAGAAGGAAUGA